AGUUAUGAAAGUUCUUAUGAAAGUUCUUUCCGGAGUCAGACUAUAUAAUGUCAUUUAUCCCUAUUACUUCCCUGCAGAUUCGUUAGAGAUCCACACCGAAGGCUCUUUGCGGACAUUCAGAGGAAUCAUGUUGGGAUCAGUGGUUAUUGGUAUAGGCAUCGCAGGAUGUGUGCGAAUGAGAGAUUUACUCGCUCCUCUGCCGUCCAGCGCUGCUGAGAAGUUCAGCAUCAAGGGCUUUGUGUCCAGGAGGAGUCUUGAAGACCAGCAGGGUGUGAAGCAGAUCUCGAUGACGGAGCCGUUGAGCAGAGAUGACAUCCAUGUGGCGUUCAUAUGCACGGAAAACACCAGCCAUGAAGAGCAAAUCAGGCAGUUUCUGGAGGCGGGAAAGCAUGUGUGUGUUGAGUAUCCCGUAACCCUCAGCUACGAGUCUGCAGUGGAUCUGUGGAAUCUGGCUCAGGAGAAGGAGCGGGGUCCAGGACUGGGCAGAGCCAAACACAUACACUUUCGCUUCCAGGACGCCACCAUCACGAAGCUUCCUGCAGGUCAGCGGGAGCCGGUCAGUCUGUUCAUGCAGGAUCUGGUGCUGUUCGGCCGGAAGCUGCAGGGUGAAGUGUCUGCCGCCGAGCUCCAGGAGGAGAGGAGCAGGAUCUUACACUGUCUGCAGCUGGCAGAACGCAUUCAGCAGCUCAGUGAAAGCACUCAGGCCUGA